AUGAUGAGUCAUAUCGAGGAAGAACAUCUUUCCGCUGCACAAGGUGAUCGAAUGGUGCAAACAGACGCGUCAUCGCUCGGGGAAGAAUUGGAAAAGAUGCAGACAAGCUUUAAUGAAUUUAAAGAACGACAUGAUGCCGAGGUGAUGCAAUUGAAUGACCACAUUCGAGAGCUAGUCAAGGAGAAGGAGAAUCUCGAGUCUCGUCGAGUUGAAUUUGAGCAUGAACGUGCUGCUCUCAAGGAGCAAAUCAGCGUUUUGAAUGAACAAGUCCGACAGCUGACCGAAUUGGUAGCAGCUGAGAAGGAACGUUGUAAUGAAGCACUGAAUUCGCUGAAGCAGAAUACAACUGAUUACGAAGAGAAGGCGGCAGCUUUGAUGUUUGAUCUCGAAGAGAAGACUAAUAAUGUCACCAGAUUGGAAGAAGAACUGGAGGAGGCUAAAAAAAUGGAGGCCGAGCUCCAAUCUCGUCUCAAAGCAAGCCAUGAACACAGUGAACAGCUGGAAAACCAAAUAGGCUCUCUGAAGGCCGAGUUGAACCAAGCAAAUACAAGUCUUGCCGAGGAACGAGCCCAAGGUGACAGGUAUGUAUGCUUUAGACUUACAUAAGC